AUGGCAUUGAACAAGGUUUUGGAUCCGUCUGAAAUCCUCGACGUUCCUCCACUGGACAAGUCGUCCACAGACUUACUCUCUGCCCAGCUCUUGGAGCCAUCUAACCAUUUGACCUGGGAUGUUCAAGAUCUCAUUCAGUCAAAGCCCUCCAUUGACAAGCAGCGGAUCUUUGAGUCAUUGUUGGUCCAGCCAGAACCAAUCAAGAGAAGCUCGUUUCGUUUCAAAAGAAGUGGCCUCAAAGGUGAAAUCGUGGGAUACAAGGAGGAGAUAAAGAUCUCUGAAGUGGACAAUGCAACGUCUGCCAAUUCGCUUUCGAUCAAUAGAAAAUACGGUCUGAAGCAGGAUGCAACUAGUGGAAAAUCAAACUAUCUUCCCUUCCAGCCAGGUGGGUUGUUCAGCGGUACUCUGACGAACCAGGCACUUAAUACCAAGCAGCAUCUUUCCGAGUUUCAAUUUUUGCAUAAGAACAAUCUCGGGUUGUUCGAUGUUCCACCAGGGUUCUCGCGUGGUCUUAACAUUUCAGGAGCGGCAGAGAACUCUGAAGGCGUUCAUGAGUUGGAUAGUGAAGGAGAGGAUGUCGAAGAAUCUCCAAAGGAAGACGGAGAGCCUGGAUCUACUGACCUAAUGGGAAACGUAGGACAGGACGAAUCCAAUGGCGAAACUGGCAUUUCAGAGAUUGAUGACUUGAUUCCUCUAGAUUACAUGAAAAUGAAGGCUAAGAUGGAGUCUGAACAGCGUGUGAAAAGAAAUUGGGCACACGUUGUUGAUCUCGAUCACAAGAUUGAAAACUUCCAAGAUGUUGUUCCCAAUAUGGCAAGAGAAUGGCCAUUCGAGCUUGAUACUUUCCAGAAAGAAGCCGUUUACCAUUUGGAACAAGGUGAUUCUGUUUUUGUUGCUGCCCACACGUCAGCAGGUAAAACAGUUGUCGCCGAAUACGCUAUUGCAAUGGCCGCCAGAAACAUGACGAAAACUAUCUAUACCUCCCCCAUUAAGGCAUUGUCAAAUCAAAAGUUUAGAGAUUUUAAAGAGACCUUUAAAGAUAUGGAGAUUGGAUUAAUUACAGGUGACGUUCAAAUCAAUCCAGAAGCGAACUGUCUUAUCAUGACAACAGAAAUUUUGAGAUCGAUGUUGUAUCGUGGUGCUGACUUGAUCCGUGAUGUUGAGUUUGUUAUCUUUGAUGAAGUGCAUUACGUUAACGAUAUUGAUCGUGGUGUCGUGUGGGAAGAAGUCAUCAUCAUGCUUCCCGACCACGUCAAGUAUAUUCUCUUAUCGGCCACUGUUCCUAACACAUUUGAGUUUGCUAACUGGGUGGGUAGGACGAAACAGAAAGACAUGUACGUGAUCUCAACGCCCAAAAGACCGGUUCCUUUGGAAAUUUUCAUCUGGGGUAAAAAGAACCUUUACAAGGCUAUCAACGCCCAGGGUGUCUUCAACGAAGGAGAGUUCAAGAAGUAUAAGGAAGCGUUAGCACCAAGUCAGAAGCAGCAGCCUCCAAAUGUAACUGUCAGUUACGGACUGAGGAAAGGCCCUGGCGGAACCGCUAGAGGAGGCAAUAGAGGUGGUGGCCAAGGUGGAAGAGGUGGUGGCCCUCCAGGAAGAGGCGGUGGUCCAUCAGGAAGAGGCGGUCCGGCUGCUAGAGGCAGAGGUAAUCUUCAGCCAAGAGGUGGUUUCGCUCGUGAUGGUCCUAACAAAGGAACCUGGACUGACUUAGUGCAAUACUUGAAUCUGAAUAAGCUCCUUCCGGCUGUGAUUUUCGUGUUUUCUAAGAAAAGGUGUGAGGAUUAUGCAGCAACACUCAGCGGUGUUCAAUUCUGUAACGCAAAGGAAAGAUCUGAAAUCCAUAUGUUCAUCGACAAAGCUGUUUCACGAUUGAAGAAAGAGGACCGUGAGUUGCCACAGAUUUUGAGUGUGAGAGACAUGCUCAGCAGAGGUAUCGCUGUCCAUCAUGGUGGUUUACUUCCUAUUGUCAAGGAGUGUAUCGAGAUUCUCUUUGCCAAAUCUUUGGUCAAGGUUUUAUUUGCCACAGAAACUUUUGCUAUGGGGUUGAACUUGCCAACUAGGACUGUUGUCUUCUCUGAGUUAAGGAAGCACGAUGGUAGAGGCUUCAGAAACUUGUUGCCGGGUGAAUUUACCCAAAUGGCCGGUAGAGCGGGUAGAAGAGGAUUGGAUUCCACUGGUACCGUCAUAGUCAUGUCCUAUAACGAUCCUUUGUCUCCGACUGAUUUCAAAGAAGUAACAAUGGGAACACCCACAAAGCUUCUGUCUCAGUUCAGAUUGACUUAUAACAUGAUCUUGAAUCUUUUGCGUAUCGAAGCGUUGAGAGUGGAAGAAAUGAUCAAGCAUUCUUUCAGUGAAAAUUCGUCCCAAACUUUGCUUCCCGAACAUCAAAAGAAAGUGGAGGCACUCAAGCAAGAACUUAGCUCGACCCAGGUUGAAGAGAGCUCGCAAAUCAGUGAGUAUAAGGAGGCCUUCUCGAUCAUCUCUCAGUAUCGUGAAGUUUAUGGCAAGAUCGUGACGGAAGUUUCUAAGCUGACAUUGACAAGAACAGCUCUCUUGCAUCCCGGCAAACUUAUGUGCUUUCUUGAUGAGGACGGUGUUGUAAGGGCUGGUUUCCUUGUUAAAUGUGAUUUGAAUGCUGAUAAAAUGAUCUUCCUUACCUUUGACCAUGGCAGAACUUAUGAGGAGCAAGGUGAGCACUUGCCUUAUGUUCCUGUCCCACAGUUCAUCAAGAGCACAAGACAAGAGAUUCGUUACUCUGGGGAUUUGAGGACUACCAGUGUUCCAUUCGAAAACGUUCAAUUUGCAAGUUCUUACUGCCUUCGUACGAACAUGAAAAAAAUCUUGUCCAACGAUGCCCAAGCUGUGAAGGAAGCCGAGUCUUCUAUCAAUAAUAUUCUUCGUGUGCAGUUAUUCUGGUUUGAAAUUGAAUUCCAAAAGGCAGUCCAGCUCUCGUUGCAUGAGUUAGUCAAUGAAAAAACCCAGCUUGUGACCAAGUUGCGGGACAUGACUGUUUACAAGAAACCUGAGUUUAAGAAGAUAUAUUCGCAAUUGGCAAAGCGUGAUGGCCUCGAAAAGAAUAUAGAGUCAUUGAACUUAUUGAUCUCAGAUGAGAAUUUGGAGUUACUUCCAGAUUAUGAACAAAGACUUAAGGUUUUGCAAGCAUUGGCUUUCAUCGAUGAUCAACAACGUGUUGUGCUCAAGGGCCGUGUUGCCUGUGAAAUCAACUCUGGAUGGGAAUUGGUCUUGACUGAACUUAUCCUCGACAACUUCUUGGGCGAUUUCCAACCUGAAGAGAUUGUCGCUCUUCUAUCUUGUUUCGUUUACGAAGGACGUACUAAUGAAGAGGAAGAGCCACCAAUGACACCCCGCUUGGAAAAGGGAAAGGUUGAGAUUCUUAAGAUCACUGAAAGGCUUCUUAAGGUCUACAAUGAACAUCAAGUUUCUCUUACUUCUGAAGAGGAGGAGUUCCUUGAACGUAAGAGAUUUGCGUUGGUUAAUGUUGUCUAUGAAUGGGCUAGAGGCUUGACCUUUAGUGAGAUUAUGCAGAUUUCCGUUGAGUCAGAGGGAACUAUUGUUCGUGUGAUCACUAGACUAGACGAAAUCUGUCGUCAAGUAAAGAACGCAGCAUUGAUUGUUGGUGAUUCUACUUUACAUUCUAAGAUGAACGAAGCUCAGGAGAAAAUCAAGAGAGACAUCGUCUUUUGUGCGUCAUUAUAUCUAUAA